AUGUUUAAAAUAAGGUUUCUUGGAAAUUUCUUCUCUGGCUCUAAGGAUAAAUAAGGAGUUUCAUGUGAACAGGAGACAAAUCAAAAUCAUAAUAUAAAUGGAAAUACUUCUAAAUGUAUGAAACAAUUAGAACAAAAAUUUUAGCAGAGCCAAAAUGAAAUUGAAUAUAAUUGUUCUGAAAAAGAUAAAUUUAGUCGCAUAUCUUCUUUCAUUUGGAAUAAGAUACUACCGAAUGGUGAUAAGUAGAAAAAAAAAUGUUAUGAAAGUUGCCUACUUUAGAAUGAAAAUGGCUAAGAAUUAAACAUUAAUAAUCUAUGUGAACAUUUUUUAUAAAGCAAAGAUAUUUGUUAAGAAUAACAAAAAUAAUGCAAUUAAGAAGUUCAGGUUUUAUUAGAUUGCGGCCAUACAGUUAUUUCUAAAUGUUGUGAAAGAGAAGAAUUAUAAAAAUCAUAUAUUUGUAAAUAAAUCUGCAUGAAAAUAAGAAGUUGUGGUCAUUCAUUCAAUAAAUGUUAGAACUAUUGUUUUUAACAGGAAUGCUCUCCAUGUAUGUAUAGAGAAAAUAUCAAAAAAGUUGAAUUGUGAUCAUAUAAUAGAAAUUAGCUGCUAUUAAAAAGAUGGUAUUUUACUAAGCAAUACCCUAUGCAAGGAAUGCUAAAAUAAAAAUAAAAAUCCAAAAACUUAGCCAAUUUAAAAUAACCCUUUAAAAAUCAAAUUAAAAUGUGGACAUACAGUCCAAACAACUUAAGAUAAAUAAGAAUCUAUAUUAUAAUCAUUUAAAUGCCAAGAAAAAUGUACAAAGAAACGAUUAUGUUAGCAUGAUUAAGCGUGUGAUAAUCUUUGUUACUAAGAAUGUACUCCUUGUAGAGAAAUAAUAGAAGAAGUGUUACCUUGUGGACAUAUAGCAAAGUUUUAAUGCUUUAAUGCCAAAUAAGAAUUAUAAAACUAUAUAUGCCAUAAACCCUGCAAUAAAAAAAGGCCUUGUCAUCAAUUGGACCCUUGUCUGGAGAAUAGUGGAAAUCAUAUUCGUACUCAAUGUUAAAAAAUAGUUAAAAAAUAAUUAAAAUGUGCCUAGAAUGGAGUAGAUAUUUGUUCGAACAAGGGCAAUUAAUGCAAAGAAAUGUGCACAAGAUUGCAAUAAUGUUAACAUCUUUGUCUAAAAUAUUGUUGGGAAGAAUGCAGUCCAUGCGAAUAAAAAAAUCAAAAAGAUUUUGAAUCCUAUAUUUUUAGAAGUAAAGUUUAAUGA